AUUUUCUAAAUUUUCCAAAAACAAUUAAAUAAUCAAAAUGUUGCGAUUACUCAGCACUAAAAUGAGCGCAAAUUGAGAGUGGCUUACUUUCACUCAAAACAGAACUAUUUUUUGUAAACUUUUUAAUUUUCUAAUUUUAAUACUGAUUACAAUUCAAAGCCGGCAAGCGGCUACAUGUGUAACGCGUUUAAUCGAAGCUGGAAAAUCUGUUGUAAUUCCCCGUAAUUACUGCUCUCGCACGCUAUACAUAGUGCAUAUUCUGAGCUGUUCAAAGAGAGAAAAACGUAAUGUCUACAAUACUUGACCUACCCGACGUGUGCCUGGUAAGGAUUUGCAGAAAAUUAGCCGGCGAUGAACGAAUGUUUCAUUGGGUGAAUGUCUGUCGUAGAUUUCGGAAUAUUUACUAUGAAUACUUUCACAAUUGGAAUGAAGUGAAUGAUGAUUUGGUGGAAAAUUUUGGUCAUUUGAUUGGCACCGCUGACUUUCCGUUGAGAACUGUUAAAAGAAUUCAAUUAUCGAAAUCCAAGUGUACUAUAGAGUUUUUGAAAAAAUUACGCAAAUUUCAUAAGGAGAUUGAAGAAGCGAAACUCUUUUCAUUUACCGAUGAAUAUCUAGCUGAACUUUUACCGUUACCAAGUUUGAAGCUUUUAAUAUGCAUUGGAACCUAUAACCUCAGAGGUCGCAGCUUAAUAGAUCUCAGCAGCCUCGAGGAGCUACACAUUCACACAAACAAAUACUUUGAUGCGGAAAACUUGCUACAAAUAACCCACUAUAAUCCAUUACGUAAGCUCGUUAUACCCAACGAUCCGCAAAUAUUCGCCAAUCGGUACGCCUACGAAAUGGUGGAAAACUUAAAAGAGCUGGUGGAACUUGUCGUCGAAUAUAAUCCCUGCCGAUCCUGGCAAUUGAUAGGCAAACUGCCAAAACUAAGGAAACUGGAAAUCUGGGAUUUUGUCAGUCAUGAGUGUGAGACAUGCUUAGCAGACGGCAACUGCUACGCGACAUGUUUCUCCCAACAUGCCAAGCUCUUCUUUGAAGAUUUGCGACAGCAAAAUCAACUUCAGGAACUCACUUUUUGCGAUGGUUGUGUGGGCGACUACCACAUUCCUAAAAUUGCUGAGUUAACGAGCUUGAAGAGUUUAAGGUUUAUCCGAGCCUCUCUACCGCCCCUAUCACUUGAUGUCUUCCAGACUCUUAACAAUCUGGAGGAGUUAUAUAUUGAUGGCGCUGAGCGAAUUUAUGCGGAGGAAUCUUUGGAAUUUAUCAGAAAGUGCUUCAGUUUGAAAAAAGUAACCUUUUGGCGUGUUCAAGGUGUAACUGUGAGCUUCGUUGAAAAAUCUAACGAGAUACUAAGGCAGCGUAAGCCACCACCGACGGAGCAUUUGGUCUUUGGAUUUGCUCCUUUUGUUAGGUUUCCAGCUCAAUUGUCUAAGCCGAAAGACUUCCUAAUAGAUUUGGUACUGGUGCAAAGAAAAUUUGUUGCCGCCGAAGAGGAGCAUUUGAAAAACGAGGAAGACUUCGUCAGCCAAACUCAAGUCCAAGGCGAAUCUUUGAAGCGAAAGUUUUCCAUUAUGAAUAUGGAGGCGAGUCCAAGGUGGAAAAUAUAAAAUCUUAACUACGCUACAACGGAAAAAAACGAAAAUGGGUCUUCUUCUUCUUCAGCACACAGU